AUGGCGUACAAUUUACUUCGACGUUUAAAAUUAUUCGAAGAAAAAACUGCAACAUAUGUUAAUUAUCACUGCCAAAAACAUCAACAAGUAAGCAAUCGGAUGCUUGAAGAUGUGAUCAACACGGUGAAACGUUUAAUGAAACAUAAAAAGAAGAUCAAAAAAAUUAAUAGUUUAUGGAAAAAAGUUUUUCUACGUCGAUUACUAAGAACACUGACUAGAGCCGAAAAAAUUUCCGAAUAUUUUCUCGAAGUCGAUGAAGAUAAUGAAAACGAUAAUCUAAAAGAAGAAGAACAAAAAGAAGAAAAUAUUCGUCUGCAAAGAUUUGUACUUGAAGAUCUUUGGCAACAGCAUGCUGAUGAAUGUCAAUACAUUCUGCAUGGUCGUAUGCCAACAUCUAAUUCACAUAUACGUUCGACAUUUUUACAGGUGAAAACUUUUGAAAACAAACUCGAACAACGCAAGAAAGAAUACUUCGUACGAAUCAAUGGUCGAAAAAAGACAUUAAGUGAGUUAUGUGAGGAACAUUAUCUAUUUCUAAAGGAAUAUGUUGACAAAUGUAUUUCUUUUCAUUCUAAUCUUUCUGUUCCGCUAAGUAUUAGAAUAGAGGACGUGCGUCAGCUUUUAAGACAAAUUAGUGCAGAAGAGUGUUCAUUUUCUGCACUUAAUUUGGAUACAUUCAUACGCGAUAUUGAGAUGCCUCUUCGUUUUGCCUGUGCAACGCUAGUAAACUGUGACACUUCCCUUAAGUCGAACAAUGAGAAUAGAGAAGUUGCUUAUUUUCUUCCUUCUAUUGAUGAUCGUUCUCUCGAACGUGGUAUCUUACUAAAAAAUAUUUUAUCUAUUCUACAAAAUUAUCGUUGGUCAGUGAUCCUAGGAGGUCCUGGCAGCGGAAAGACAACAUUAUUACGUUGGCUCACACUUGAAUAUGCUCAUUUUCUUCGUCAAGGAGAAACAGAACAUUUUUUGCUAGAAGAACGAAAAGAAUGGGAGCUAUUAGCAACACAAAUAGGACUUAUUAAUUGUCCUAUUUUAUCAGUUGCACGAGUACCCAUAUUGAUUAGAAUAGGCGAGUUUGUCACUUGGCUAGAUUCUCAUGUUGACUGUUCAUUAUUGGACUAUAUUGGUCAACAUACGUGGUACGGUAAUCGUUAUUCAGAAACAAAUGAUUCAAAAGUUCUUCAUGAAUUUAUUCAUCAUGGUCAUGCACUCAUUCUUUUCGAUGGUUUAGAUAAAGUUUUGAAUUAUGAACAACGAAAAAAAGUUGUUAAUUUAAUAGAAAUAUUUCUAGAAAAAUAUGUUCAAACGUCAUCAUUUAUUUCCAUGAAGGAUGAUAAAAAUAUUGUAGAAAAAUGGGGCGGAUACUUAGAUGAUUAUCCUGAGUUUUUGCUCGAAAGAAAUCAAGUUAUUAUUACAUCACGCAUCAUAGGAUAUGGUCUCGUACAAAUUCAGAGUAAUUUAAUUGCACAUUUUUAUCUAACAUCAAUGAAUAAGCAAGAAGUUGAAUUAUUUAUUCGUAAUUGGCUUGUGAAUGUAGAUAAUGCGCUUAUUAAUUACAUCAGUAAUGAAAAUCGUUUCAAGUUUAAUCGAGAAAAAUUGAAGAAAAUCAGAGAAAAGCUAUGGAAAAAAGCUUUCUGUUUAGCAACACGAUCUCGUUUAUUAUCCCAUCCGAUUUUAUUGUCCGUAGCUCUAUCAUCUCUUGUACACAAUGAUAUAAAUCAGAUUGAUUUCACAUCUGAAAUUUCUGUUUAUGACUCAACUAAAAAGGUUAUGAUAGAGAGUUGGAUUUCAUCAAAUAAGACAAAGUUGAAUGCAGCAUCUAUUGAAUGGAUUCUUCGAGAUUUAGCUGUACAUCUAUAUGAAAAUUGUCCAUCCGGUUGGAUCGAUAAAUUCGAUCUUAUCCGAUUAGUUUUUAUAUCUCUUCAAGCAUUUCAACAACAGAAACAUCAUGUUCAUAUGUCGAAUGAUAAAUUGAAUACACAAGUUGGAGACUUUGUUAAUCUUUUAUCGUCAAAUGUUGUGGGUUUCGCAACAGCACAAGGAUUAGACGCGUAUGGAUUUCUUCAUCGAACACUUGAGGAAUAUUUUGUUGCUUUAACUAUUGUCAAUCCUUUGAAUUGUGAACGUAUUCUUUCGGCUAAAAUGAUAGCUGAUCGUCUCUUCAUUUGCAUAUGGAAGACUGAAUAUCAUAAACCAUUGUCACUUGCUAUCGGUUGGUUAGAUCAUCACUUGAAACCAGAUGAUAUGGAUGUAUUCUGUUUUGAAUUGUCCAAUAGAAAUGUUGGUAGUCUACCUCUGGGCUGUCUUCUAUUAACUGAUGCACUUACAAGUUUAUACUCUUUUCGUUCUUCUAGUACGAUAGUGCGCAUUUUCAGAUGCAUACUGAUGUCUUCAAGUUUAGAGGAUGAUUCAAAAGAAUACCUUCGACAAGCAUUGAAUAGUCUAUCAAUAGAAGCUGCUAGCAGUAUAUUUGAAAAUCUCUUGCAUGAUGAUUCAAUUCAUGUCGAACGUAUGUACGAGCUUCUUCUCUAUUGCAUGGAACCGAUAGUUGAUAAAAGCACAUGGAUGUUCCCCUCAUGGUUAUCCGAUUCAACAAUAAGUUUUAUUACAAUUUGUGAUGAAAAAGACGUGAAUGUUCAUACAAUCAUCGAUUGGAUUUUUCGUUGUGUAGAACCUGUUCUGUGUCACAGUCACUUCAAUAUUCUAGAAUCGUUUCUAAUUAGCGAAAUGAUUUCUAUUGAUAAAAUUCAUCCAUUGAUUCUAUCGGUUAUUAUAGUUCUUUGUGGUGGUAUGAUAAAAGACGAAAAUUCUAUCCAUUUUGAUCCGAUACGAAUGCAUCGGUUGACUCCAUUAGCACCUUUGUUAAUUGAAUGUUGCAAGAAAGAUAUACAUGAUAUCCAUCAAAAUAUUCGCUAUUUAAUUGACGAAUGCGAGACGAUCAUUUUUGAAGCAUCCAUAGAUGAUAUAUCAAGACGAACACAAGAUGCAUAUCUUGCAUUGAUCAUUCUUCGAAGUAUCAUUCCGAUCAAUAUCUUUGAACAUUGUCGUCACCAUAAGGUGUUGUCUCUCGUAUUCUAUCGACUCAAAUUAGUCCUAUAUCAUUUGCGCCAAUUUUAUACUAUACAAAGAACUUGUUCUCAAAAUCGUACUUCAUUAUUCAGCGAUAUAAGUACGUUUCUGAAUGAAAUGUCUACGAAAUAUGAUAUAAAUGCGAAAAUAAAAAACUCGUUGACUAUUGCGAUGAUUGAGGCAUGUAAACAUCUGACAUUUCCAAACACUUCAUCUUGGAAAGAUAUUCAGUUAGUUGUACCUUACAAUAAUGUAGAUAAAAAAAAUGAAGUGUUCACGAUUUAUUCAUUGAGACAUUUGCGACAUGUACUCGCGUUGUCGUCAACUGAUGAAGUUACAGCUAGAAAUCAAUGGAAGUAUGGAAAACAUUCAUAUCAACUUUUAUGUCAGCAUCCACUUUUCUUAGUUGCAUUCAUACCCGUUUCAUUUCAACCUAUUUUUGAACGGUUCAUUCUAAAAGAUCAACUAAAUCUACAAAAUUCCGAAUGGAAUUACAUUUUUAAAUUAGUACUUUUAGCCGAAGUACUUCUAUUCGUAGACCAACAGAAUAUGCGCACAUUCGAACUUUUUUCAUUUCUCACUACAAUAGAAGAUACUGUUCAAAAGAAUCAAUUAGAAAGUUAUGUCUUAGCAAUCAUACAAACAGUGAAAGCGACUAGAUAUGAGUAUAAUCUAGAAGAUAAUGAAAUAUCAAUUCCGACUAAUGUGAAUCUUGUUACUGUGAGAACUGCUAUAGAGAAAGAAUAUGAACGAAUAUCGAGUGCUCUUUCUUCUGUGGGACAUCAACAAAGACUCCAAGUUGAUUUGCAACUAUUCUCGGCAGCACUGUCAAUUAUUCGUAUGUGCGAAUUCAUUAGGGAAAAGAAAGAAAUAUUUGAGAAAGUCAUGCAAGCAGUACAAUAUAUUCAAGAUCACGUUUUGCGUAUACUAUGCCUUUGUCAUAUGCGGCAAAUCGUUUGCAGAUGGUCUGAUAAAACUAUGCAUACUGUAUUACAACAAAUGCUCAUCGAAAUUGAACUAGAACAAUUACCGUGUAGUUUACCAUUGAUAAUUAAGUCGAUUAUACUCAUUUCAUGUAUCCAAGAAGGAGAAAAGAUGCAUCCAUUACUAAAUGAACUGUUGGAGAAUGUGUGUACACAUUUACAUCAAAUACCCAGUGACGAUGAAGACGCUAAGGAUCAAGAGAGCGUAUUUCAAGCACUGAAAACAAUAGUUGGACUUGAGAUACAGCUUCCAUUUUCAUUUAGAACUCGAUCAAAUUUAUCCGACAUUCUCGAAUUUAAUUCGUCUAGUUUACAUUCGUUCUUGCUUCAAACAGACGAAUCUUUCCUCACAGAUUUCGAUAAUGUCCUCCUAUGCCAAUUAUAUCUUGCUGAACUAACAGUCGAUACAAACACACUCAUGAUUGUUGUUCCGCAUUUGAAUGAUUGUAUUCCAACGCCUAAAACAUUAAAUUUAACAGAAAAACUGUUCGAGCAAUGGAAUUGGAAUUGUUCAACAGAAAAAUUCUCCCAUCAUCGAAUUGUAUCAAUCAAUAUGUAUUUGAGUUCGACACCAACUCGAAACAUUGAACAAGUCAUUCCAUUUGAUGAUCCUAUUGUCUAUAAAGAUAUUGAAGUAAGAGAUCGACUAAUGAUUGAAAAUUGGCUCUCAUACUAUGACGAUAAGGACAAUGAAUGUCAUUGUCAAUUUGCUCUGCUUGCUGUUGGUUUACUUUUGAGAAGUGACCAUGAAAAUUUGUCUUUGUCUGUGAUAGAGAAAAUAUUUAGAAUAUUGGAAAAAGCAUUUUUUCAGUCUGUUGAUAACAUUCGUUAUCAAGCACGAACAGCUUUUCAAAGUUGGUAUGAAAACGAUGUCUAUAUCACGUGCGAAAAAUGGAGUUCAUGGAUGUGGCGAGUGCUACGAAGUGCUUGGCUACAUUCUUUAUCAUUUCCAAAAAUAUAUAUAAAAUUCAUAGAUGAUAUCAAUUUGUUGCUUGAGUUAGAAUCUAAUAGAUUAAGAUUAUUACCAGAUGAUGAUGAACGAUUUUCUUUCUUGUUUUUAAUAGGUAGUUAUACACAAGAGGUGCGCAAUUAUCUGAUGACACAUAUUCAGACACAAUUGAAGAGUGAUUCGAUAGUGAAUGAUGAGUAUCUCGCAACUAUAAUAGUUCAUUUAGCUGAAGUUGAGACAGACAUUGAUCCUGAACUGCAUAAUGACAAUUUUGUUGAAGUAUUAAAAACAAUUGUGUAUGAGCAAAAUUUGUUACCAUUUACACAACGAGCAGCAUCUUUUGCAUUAACAUUUGACAAGCAAGGUCGGACAUUUUUAGAAAAUACAAUAUGUUUUUCUCAGCAAAACUUGAGACUUGACGGUGAUUCAAUCAGGGAACCAGAACGAAUACAACUUUCAGAUUAUGUUCUCUAUCUCUGUUUAUGGGCUUUCGUCGAUGUUUUCGUCAACUAUCGUUCUGUAGACGAAUCCUUUUUUAAGUCUAUAGAAAAACUAUCGAGUUCUGUGACAGUCUCUCAACAUGCUCUUGCCUGUUAUAAUUAUAUGUUAUGGAAAGAUAAAAAACCUGAUGAGAGUAUCAACGAUAUGGAACAUCGAUUAAGUGUUAGUGCUGAUUUUCUAUACACUGUAAUAAAGACAAAACGAGAAUGUACGAUCGAAAGAGAAGAUCAUAAUGACUGGUGUACUCAAAUUGUUGAGUUACUGCGAAGUCAUUGGAAUGAUCUAGCGGAUCGUUUUAUAGAUGAUUGCUAUAAUUCUUUAUUGAGCUCCUCCGCAACAAUGAAUCGUAUCAAUCGUGAUGCGGAUUAUUUAUAUGUUGCUUGCGAACUAAUUGAACUAGAACCUGAAUCAUUUUGUGAAGCAGUUCGAACAAGUGUUCACGGUGAAGAAGCAUUCAAAAAGGCACUUUAUCGCGCAUGGAAAAAGGGAACUAUACAGCAAAGACGUUGGUGUAUUGAACUGUAUUCGACAUUCGACGUUGCCACUGUAGAUUGGAUUCAUAUGAUCUUUACAGAUUUUUUUGAUCUCUAUCAAAACUAUGAUGAAAUUUUCAAACCAUUAGAAAAAAUCGAGAAUAGAGAUGCCAUAGAAAGUCUUUUUCCAUAUUUGAAGUCUGUUUCGAUGGGUAAACGAAACAUUGCUGUCACAUUCUUGGUUUACUAUGCUAUUACCAAUAGUAUUUCUUGUUUGGAAGUCUAUCAAUUAUUAGAUGAUGUUCUGAAAGAUCCUAUGUCGAAUAAAUUAUUUUAUGAUCAAAAAGAAAAACGAAGCAAACCACUGAUUGGACAAAUUCAACGUCUACUUUUGACGAUUACUUGUUUGAGACAAGUUUCCAACAAAGAAUCCCUAGCUCUUCUUGUACACGAGAAAAUCAUCAUUGACUUUUAUGAAUGUCUUGAGGCAUCUCAUUAUCCGCUGUAUAAACUAAGAUAA